CAUUCCAUAAAUUCUUACACCAUUGUGCAUCAGAAAAAUUACCCUCCCCUACAAAAGAUGGAGAGAUAUAACCCGUUUGGCUAUUUUAGAGUGUAGAUAUCAAACUUGAGAUGUCGACUGAGUUAUAUACACCGCGAUCGUACCCGGUUUCGACGUCUCCGCGCGAUUUUGGUUCGACGUACAGUUGUUCGAGUUCAGAAGCGUCUUCUCGGCUGGCUGCGCGACUUGAAAGAUCGGAGUACAAGCGAUCUCGUGGGAAACAAAGGCUAAAAGACAAUUAUAACUCUUCUAGGAAUCACAGUAGACGAAGAGAGAACAGGGGAAGUAAGAGAAAGAAUAGUCCAAAGAAUAUUUUAGCCACAAGGGAAACUCGAACGAAAAGUGAAGAAGAUGGUGUCACUUCAGUUUGGGAAGUUUAUCGACAAAAUCCACAUCAGUUUAGUGAAGAAAGAACAUAUACUUUAGAUAAGCCCAGAAGCUGGUAUGGUGUACCUAAUGAGAUGCAAGACCCACAAAAGAGGCCAAGAAGUAUGCAUGAUAAACCAAUGGCAGACAGAGAUUUUACACCCCCUCAUUCUCCAAGGUUGUCAAGGAGACAAGAACCAAGGAAUUCAAAUAGCUAUGAGUAUUCUAAAUCUCCACUUCAUAGUGAAGACUUUCAACCUAAAAGGACUGAUGCAACACACAAAAUUAAUGGUGAUAAUUCGUAUCAAGGACAUAAAACUAUGAAUAAUUACGACGCAAACCAGUAUCAAACCACACAAAAUAGAAAUCUUGACAAAAAAGGAGUAUAUUUGUCAAGAUCUCUAUCAUCUAGUUAUAGUUCUAAUGUUGGAUCUUCUGACGAAAGAGAAGACUCUCAAGGAAUAUACUCAGCAUAUGAUAUGGCAGGUAGAUCCCCGUAUGACUCAAUGCUCAACAGACGUUACAGUCAAUCAAGUCUUAGUUCUUCAAAUGCCUCGUGGCACCACUCUGGCUCUUCGUUUAACUACAAUGUUAGAGAUAUCCCGCCAUUACUGGAUCCUAUUGAUAAAUCACAGGAAAGUUCUCUGUUGGAAAGGCCUUCUGAGCAGAGUGAAUAUGACAGACAUCUAAGAGAAGAGUUCAGGCUUGUUAAAGAAACCCCUGCUAAAGUUCCACCACCAGUAGCUCCCAAACCUUCUAAAUACAGCUCUAGUUACACAAUACAACUGCAUUCCUCUUCACCAGCCACUUGGAAAGAAAGUCAUUUUCCUGAUUUAAUGACAGAUAAUAAAGAAUCAAGCUUCCUUCAAAAUCAACCACUUAAAACUCAACAGUGCUUAACAUCCCCUGUAACACCUAAAACAAUGGAGGGUAGUAACGAAGUUGAUGGGAAGAUAGUCUCCGUGCGUGAGAUGGCAAGAAAGUUUACUCCUACAAGUGUAAGGCAUAUUUCCUCAGAGAUUCAUACAAAAACUAUUUCAGGGGAAGACACUCGUAAGGUUAAAGCAGAGCACUGGCCUAAGGUUGUAUCAAUAAUGCACCAGGAAAGUUCCCCUGCGGGGAACAUUGAAGAUAUCCCCCCAACGAGGCCACCAUAUCCAAACGACAAGGUUCAUAGCAGUAAAGGAGUCGUCAUGCGCAACAAAGAGGAGACUCAAAAGAAUAAUGAAGAGCUUGCCUCACACAGAUUAAGCCUGCACGAACUUAUAAAACUCCAUGAAGAACAGAUUGCUAAGCAAGCAAAAAGUGCUAAGACAGUGUUAACAGCUAGUGUCUAUGUGAAGCACUCCCCUUCUGAUUCCAGUCAAGGUCAAUCUAGGACACCUGAAUAUAAUUAUUUUGAACUAAAAGACCUUAAAACUGAACUCUCUCAAGAGUUUUCUCCAGUAAAUAAUAUACAUGAGAGUAAUCAAAAUCUCCUGAAGGAUGAGAAUGUCAUGUCAAUGGCUAAACAACAAAUCAGGCAUUCUGGUUAUGAGGUUCGUGAAGUGAAAACAGAACAAAACUCUCCRUUCAAAGUUAUAGAACUAACUGGCAAGUCUUUUGAGAACUUAUCUAAUGGUGGAACUAGAGACAGAUCUCCUAGGGUUAAGAGACACCGUACUAUAGGCAUCGUUGGAUACAGGCAACAAAUUGAUAGGACAGCAGAAGAAAAAGCACCAACAAAACAGAAAAGACAUACUACGGUUGGAAUAGUACAUGAUUUUAAGGAAAUAAAUGAUACCAAAGCCGAUUUGUCUGAAAGUCUUGUCAUUAAUGAUGAUAAAAUCAAGCCUAGCCCUUCUAAUGAUUAUGAGUCACAAAAGAAAACUAAUGAUAGACAUCAAGAAGGAAGAAAAAAGCAGGAAGACCAGACAACUUCCAUGCCAGUCAAAGUUUUUGAUAUUGAAAAAGGCCAAGACCCACAGAAUCUAGCUCACAUGGAGAAGACUGUGGAAUCAUAUGAAGAGCCAUCACAAGGUGAUCAGUCAGAUGGGAAGCCAAAGGAACCAUUGAUUACUACCUCACCCACAAACUACUGGUAUAGUAGCUAUGCUCAGAAAGACUUGUCUGAAGUGGACAAGUACAUCCCAGCUAUUUCAGUUUCUCCUGACAACUACAAGGAAGAUACUUUACCAAGAAGUAUAGAAAAGGAGCCACAAAAAUCUUUGUUGCCGACAUCAGAAGCGUACGCCAGAACACCUCAGGGUGCAGAAUCAAGGAAUUUGCACUCUCCUGUCAUAGAACUUUUACAAAAUAGAAAAGGGAAUCCAACUGCAUAUUAUAAGGCUGCAGUUCAAGUUGUCAGUCAUUCAGUUCCUAGCAACCAUAAAGAAAGAGUUUCUAGUACAUCACAUAGUGAACAGAAACUAGGUACUAGUUUUGAUGACGUCUUUCACCAGUCUAAGCCAUAUUCAGUACCUGUAGCACAAGUUUCCCCCGUCAACCAAAAUGAAAUUAUUCAAGCAAAAGCCAUUCAGUUAGCAUCCCCACCACCUGACCCUCCCUCAGCACACGAGAUGUACGAGACUCGCCUUGCCAUGUGGAACUUGCUGCCACACCAGAACAGGUUGACAGGAGAUUUGACUGAGCAUCAGAGUAACGAGUUGUCUUUUGGAGACAAAUCUAAGCAAAGCCUUUCGUCGAAGGAAAUUCCAAGAUCACCAUUGUAUCGCAAAACUCCAACAAAAGAUUAUCAAGGCUUUGCAGAAAAACAAAACAGGUUUUCAGAAUAUCCCAGUCAAAACCAAAAAGAUGAAUACUACAGCAGAAUAAUUGAAAAAUUAAAAGAGGAGAACCAAAGGCUGAAGGAGAAAAAUGAAGCUGAGAAACAGGAAUUUCGUAGAAUGUAUGAAGAGCAGAAAAAAGUUGCAAAUGCUUAUCAAAAGUUGGAGGAUCGUUAUAGAAGGAGGGUACAUGAGCUGCAAGAUGCACUGGCUAAUUGUACCUGUCAAGGUAGCAUCAUGGUGAAAGACGGAAAGAAUCCACGUGCAAACAAGAGUGACAAAGAAAGCCAGUCCUCCAAGACACAGUCAAUUAACAGUGGGAUGCACAUUUUUGAGGAGUUGGAAGAGUGGUUAACAGAGCAAUCCAAAAACACCAAGGCUUCAAAGGUUAAUGCUACUAGUAGAGACAGCUUGAUUAGCUCAUCAUCCGACCUGACCGGCUGGGAUGAUCAUGUUGAUGGUGCUAUUGAUCAAGUCAAUGGAACGCAUGUCUAGUUGGUCUAGGGUCAGAGAUAGCUUGAUUAGCUCAUCAUUGGACCUGACUGGCUGGGAUGAUCAUAUUGAUAAAGCUAUUGAUCAUCUGAAGCACAUGUCCUAGGUAGCCUGGGACUAUGCACAUAGAGAACAUGAAAAAUACGAUAAAAAAUAUUUUAAUUCUAGAGGACAUUUUUAUACAUAUAGUUUUCAAUAUUAUUAGUAUAUAAGAAUAAGAUUUAUUCCAAUGUUUCAUAAAUUGUUUAUUUGAUUAUAGGUCAUACAUACUUUUAUUCCUUCAUGAUGCAUGUCAAAGUACCUUACAACACUCACAGUAAAUCAUUAAUCCCUCCACAAAACACGCUAAAUACAAAUUCGAUCUGUGAGUUAGCCAUGCCCUGACUURGAUCAGCCCARAGGUUGUUUCAGGGUUUGAUGUGUGAGUUAGCCAUGCCCUGAUUUUGAUCAGCUCAGAGGUCGUUUCAGGGUAUCAAUAUAAAUUGAAGGAUUUUUUACAUCAUCAUCAUCACAACAUUAGUGAAAGACAUAAACUACUUUCAAGUAUGAUUUAUGGGUUAAAGAGUAUUCUGUUAUUUGACAGUAUUUUGUAAGGGUAUGUAUGUAAUUAAUAUCAUGUCUAUUCUUCUUUACAUAGAUCUAAGUAUAUUUUUGGAACUCUUUCAUGUAUUUUUCAUCAACUCAUGUCAUCUCGGCUCAUUAGGAUGCAAUAGAGAUAAUUUUUAACAAAUAAGGUUACAUCUGUAAAUUUAUAUUAUAUAUAGUGCUAAAAUGGGUUAUAUGUAUAUCAGUGCAGAGAAAAGUUUUUAGUCAAAACAUUUAUUGAUAUGGUUAUUACAUUUAAGCUUAUUUAUGUGAUAUUGUUUAAAUAAAAAUACAAAGCAAAAAUAAAUGAAUUGGGGUUAUUGGCUAUGCAAA